AUGAUAGAUUAUUUGAGCAAUCUUCCAGUCGAAUUAAUUCACAAAAUUUUCGAUGAUGUUACGACAUUUGAUAUACUUGGAUGUUUAAGUCUUGUAAAUAAACGACUUCGUUUAAUAUCUUUCGACUAUCCUCGCUUUCGACUUGAUCUUAAUUCUAUUAAGAGAAAAAAACAAUUCGACGUUUUCUGUGAUCAGUUAGCUUCAAUAUCAUCUCAAGUCGUUUCACUAUCACUUUCGGAUCAAAAUGAUGGAACAAUACCUGCAAAAAUCGAAAUUUUUUUUUCACGAUUCGAAUUCAUCAAUGACACAUUUUCUAAUUUAUCUUCACUUCAUUUAUCUCAUGUUGAUCAUUUAAUGUGGAAAUCAAUAAAACAUCAUAUAAAAUUACUUACAUCACUCGUAUCAAUCUUCAUCGUUUUAGCUCAUAUGCAUUUUGGCGAUGAAGUCGGUGAUUUUACAUCAUAUCUACUCAAAGAUCUAUUAUUUAUAUCGACAUCACUCAAAUACGUUUAUGUGAAACCUGAUAAUGUUUUUGUUCAUACAGCGUAUCUUGAUUUUCGUGAAGAAAAAGUUUCAUCAAUCGAAUAUUUUACGUUACUUAGUGUACCUACCGAUCUAGAGAAAUUAUGUUCUGUCGUACCUGCUUUACGUACACUUAAUAUAAAAGCUAUGAUAUAUCAUCCUGCUCAUAAAUUUUGUUUAAAUUUAUUUGAAAACUUAAGACGGUUAUCGCUCACUAUUUAUCAUCUUUAUUUCUCUACUAUUGAACAAUUAUUAUAUCCAAUGAGAAAAUUAGUGGAUCUGAUACUUAUUGCCAACAAUGUAUACUAUGAUAUGUGUGAUGGUGCUGCAUGGGAGCGAAUAUUAGCUGAAAUAAUUUCGUUCAAAUUCUUAUUUAGAUUUCACAAAACAACGUGGAGCAAAGAUCCAAUAAAACUUGAUUCAUUUCGAUCAUUAUUCUGGUUAGAAAAGAAACGAUGGUAUGUUGGCUACGAUCGAUGUACUGUUAGUGGAUUUUCAUUACUUUAUUCAAUUCCAUAUUUUAUGAAUGCAUAUCCAUGGCAUUCUAUGAAAGGAGAUAUCGACACAAUAUCGACUGGACCACAAGUACUGUCACUAAAUAAUGUCAAUCGUUUUACUGUUAGUGAACAAUUACCAACAGAUUAUAAAUAUUUACGUCGAAUGACAAAUCUUCAAAGAUUAGUUAUUGAUGAAUCUGAUAAAAUUUUUAACGUAUUCUUUCAUAACAUUCUUCCACAUAUUGACAUAUCAAAAAUGACGACACUUGUUCUUGCUGAAGGUCGUUCAAUGAUCGAUAUCAAUCGUUUUGUUCAAUUCAUAUUUAGUAUGCCUCAUUUACGUACUAUAAGCGCUUCUAUUAUUUAUAUUAAAUACCUAUUCUUCUCACGUUGGCCUAACAUUCGUCGAGUAGAAAUAUUAUGCAGUUGGCCAACGAAUACAAUUACAGAAAGAAGAUUAACUCUAAGUGAGAUCGAUGCAUUUUAUCUUUCUUUUACUCAUAUAGAAUAUCUCAGUUUUCAUCAAGACGUUGACUUAAAUCCAUCGAUACUUUUAAACAACAUACCAACAACAAUAUCAAACAUCGUAGUUUAUCACCCAGUUAAUAUAACGCAUGCUGAUUUUCAGGAUUUCGUUACACCUGAUUGGCUUGAACAGAACACACGACUACGGGACUUUUAUUAUUCGUGUAGCAAACUAAAUACUGUUAGUUUGUGGUUCUAG